CACGAAGAUGUAUCACGAUCUGAAAGGGUCGUUCUGGUGGCGAGGCCUAAAGAAGGACAUCGCCGAAUUCGUCAGGAGGUGUCUUACCUGUCAGCAAGUCAAAGCCGAGCAUCAGAGUCCGAUUGGCCUCCUACAGCCACUGCCGAUUCCGAGGUGGAAGUGGGAGGAA